UUUGCCUUUAAGCUGUUUUCUUUAUUGUAAAAAAGAAGGAAAAAAAAGAUGGGGUCUUUGACACUGGGGCAGGUCGGUCUUGAGGGUGGUGCUUGGGUCGGCAAGACACGUGGGCGGCGAGGAGACGAACCCUCCCGGGAGCUUUGUGAACCCUCACGAAACGUACUUGUUUGGGUCGCUCACCGCGGAGUCUGCACCUGCUGCUAAUGCAGAUCAUACACCUGAUGGGUCUGCAGCACUCGUGAAGCGGCGCGCCACGUGGAGUUUAUCACGAAGACACCGGCAGAGUGCACUGGCGAGCGUGUACUCAUUCGUUCUCCCCAAACUUACAUAUGCGUCCCCAACGUGGUCGUCCUCCAUCAACAUCACGCAGCGCCGGCAACUUGAACGCGUCCAUAAGCAAGCCUGCAAAAUCUUCCUGGGCCCGCACUACACAAACUCCCAGGACGCGAGUAGAAGAUAAAAUGUCAUACAUUGACCAUUUUGGGUUGUGGGAAAAAUGGUCGACUUACGGCAAUGUCGUUUUCCGGGGUUGUUUACAGCGGAAAUCGGGAACGGAAAUCGGGAACGAAUAAACGGAUGUAGGGUAUGUUAGACGGGAAAUCGGGUACGAAUGUGUGUUUGUAGGGGAUGUUAGACCGGAAAUCGGGUAAGUAGUGGUCGCGAAUCAGUUAUUACCGGAAAUGCGGUACGAAUGACUGGAUGAAAGCGGAAGUGACAAGCGACUGAACUUCUUUACGUUGGAAAAGAGACGACUGCAGGGAGACAUGAUACAAGUCUUCAGAUACCUGAACAAGUUAAGCAAUGUUGAUCACUCCAAACUCUUCACGCUACAAACUAACCCGCAAACAAGAAACAACGGUAAAACAAUUCAAGCCAAACGAUGCUUUACGGAUAUCGGCAAGCGUUAUUUUUUUAAGAGUCGUCCGCCACUGGAACAACCUUCCUGCAGGAGUGGUUGGUGCGGAAAUAACCAAAUGCUUUAAAAAUCGCAUUGACCGUCACUUUGCUGCGUCGGGAGUGAACUAAACGUAUCCACGAGUACGGGCAGUAGUGCUUUUAUCCUUUCCGCAAGCCACUCCUGUGGCUGACGGAUUGAUUAAAUAUCUAAAAGCAGGCAGUCUCGCAAUGAGCCAAUAGGCUUUCUGCUGCCUGCUCGCCCAUGUUUCCUCCUCCUCCUCCUCCUCAUUUCGUGGCGACAGGAGUAAAUUGAAUGCCGAGGUGCUUUCAUCUGCUCUGCGGGCACCAAGUGACUGUCGAAUAGAUUAAAACAUAAGAGCGGGUUACCUCGUAAUGAGCCAAUAGGCAUUCUGUAGCCAGCCUUUCCAUGUUUCCAGUUCCUCCUCCUCCUCGUCCUCCUACCCCUCCUAUCCCUCCUCACCCUCCUCUCCCUCCUCCUCCUCCUCCUCCUCCUCCUCUUCCUCCUCCUCCACUUUAUCGUCCUCCUCCUCCACUCUUCUGAAAUGAGCCAAUCAAAAUUCAUGCAAAAUAAGGUGAGUCGUUCUCGGCGUCUUUUGGGCAAAAAUUUAACAAGGGUAAAGGAGGAGGAGGAGGAGGAGGAAACACGGAAGCUUGGACGAACAGUCAGAAGAAAGCCUUCUUUUAGUAAUUUAAUCGAUCCGUCAGUCACUAAAAUGACCCGCGGAAAUGACUGAAGCGCCUCUGUCCGUACUGUCGGAUACAUUUAGUUCACUCCCGACGCAGCAAAGUUACGCAAUGCGGUUCUUAAAUUAACUGAUUUUUUCAGCACUAACUACAACUGCAGGAGGCGGUGGCCGAGUGGUCAGCGUGCGGUCCUGAUGAGCCCAUGAACCUAGGUUCGAGUCCCACCAAAACACGCUGAUUUUUCAAAUCAUCGCCGCGUGGCGGAAGAUCACCAACAUGCUGCCCAGAUCUUCAAUCAUCCCUAACUUCAGACCACCGGGGGUAGCAUGGGCCUAGCAAGAUCCAUGUAUCACGGCAGCCAUUAUAAAGAAAAUUCGCCUGCGUUACUAACGGGCCCAGGAGGCCCCUGAUGACAGCCUACGGCACUAUAGGCAGCACCUAAAACAAAUAAAAACGGAAGGCUGUUCCAGUGGCGGAUGACUUCGUUCGAGGAAGAACUCCUGACGGUAUCCGUACUGGGUCGCUGCAAUUGAAUUCUUUUACCGUUGUUUCUUGUUCUCGGGUUGGUUUGUAGCGUGAAGAGUUUAGAGUGAUCGACGUUGCAAAACUUGUUCAGGGACGUGAAGCCUUGUAUAAGGUCUCCCCGUAAUCGUCUCUUUUCUAACUUGAAGAGCUUGAGACGCUUGAGUCUUUCAUAAUAAGGUUGCGUCAUCAUUGAUGGUAUCAUCUUUGUAGAGAGAGAGAGAGAUACACAUAUCACUCUUCAUAAACAUCUGUGAACAGGCUUUCUUCCAGUCUCUUGAUCUCUUGACAUGCUUGCACAGUCCAUAACAAAUCAAGCAAAUCAGUGCAUGUUUUUCGGUUUUAUUUGUUAGUCUCUUCAAUCAUUGUAUGCUGCCUUCAGGCACACUAUACAUUUUCCAAUAUAACAUUUCCAUACGUUAUGCGGAAAGUGUACUCUAACGGGUGUGAGGGUGCGUGUUAAUAGAAACAGGUGUGGGAGAGAGCGUCGGACGCAGACAUAUAAAUCAUGGGUUCACAACCUUUUGUUCCUCUGUACCUCUGUACCCCUUGGGCAUUUUUAUAGAUGCCCGUGUACCCCUAAUAAUUAUGAAUGAAUAAGCGAUGAAACUGAAAUUUUUCUAGUAUGUGUAGUAAACUUUUAUGCAACUCUUGCAACAAAGCUACGGCAACAGUGCUGGUGACGAGGAACGUUAUCACACCUUUACUAGCUGUGAGUGACGGUAGGACUGAAGAACUCAGGCCAGUGGCCAGUCCGCGGCCGAUGCUGCCCGCCAUCAGGUUGCCAGGUGGCCGAAAAGUUUCACGGUCAAAUUUCAUACACAGUCACGGCCAAAUCGGCCAAACACUUUUACUCUUUCGUCCAAAUGUCGGCCAGAUUUUCAAAAUUACAGGAAAUGUGUACUGCAGUCAAGAAAUGAAGCUACACUAUAAUAAUACGUAAUUUAUAUGGUAUUAUAAACACACCUUUGGUGUGACGGUGUAGAUAUUUCUGAAGGGAACAGUUAAGUAAGAUAAGACAUCAUCUCCCUCAUCUUCUGCCGGUGCACCAUACAUGUUAGCUGAGUUGAAUUAAGAGAUCGAUAUCAAGCUAGACGUGACGCUAAAAUCUCUGCAACACUUCUCUCGAAAAUGAAGAUGGGAGCGAAGUCGUGAAACAAAAGAUUGUACUGUAAUGAAAUCUAUUAUAAAGUAUAUGUCUUCUAGACCGUCACGACUGAACAACGAACAGCUCUAAGUCUAAAGUCUGAACUAAAUCAGUCGCUGAACAGCUGCUUACAAGCAGUCUCAGCGAGCCAGCGCGAAGCGUACAGGACCCGUACAUGUUAACGUCCUGCACUGCACGUUCAGGUUUUACGCAUAGUAUGCGUACAAAGACUGACAAGUCAUACGUGUUGCUAAAUGAUUAUUUGUUUUCAGUAUGUACAUCAAAUAAUAACAACGAAUAUUUUACUCGAUAAUAUAUAAUAAUUCAAUUAAACCUUUAUCUAAUUAUAUGUAUCAAUGUGUACACAAUGACAGUAAAUUGUAAGAAGAAAUUAAACGUACGAUUGAGAUAAUAUUUUUCAUAAUGAUAUAUAGGAUUCGUCAAAAUUCGGGUAAAUAAUUUGGCCGUAGAAGCUCAUUAUUUUCACGCCCAAAUUUUAGGAAUUUGGCCGAAAAAUCUGCCAUCUGGCAACCUUGCGUCGCCACUGUCUCGAGUCGGUAUACACGACCCAAACAUGAUCUUUUCAGGCCCGGUAUGGGUACAUAUUACGGCCGCGGAAAGUUUCAUAAUAGUGGAAACAAAAGGUAUUCACCCUACUCUUGAUAUAACAUAAGUAAAAGCUUUGCUUACUAAAAUGAGGAAAUUGAAAAAAGAAAAGAAAAGAAAAACACGACAUUGUGCUAUCUGAAUGCAGAUUACAACAUAUGUAUUGUACAGCAGUGGUCGUUCUCUCAGACCUAAUGUACCCCCUGAAAAGUGCAAAUUUACCACUGGCGGUGUAUGUACCCCAGGUUGGGAACACCUGAUAUAAAUAGUCCCUUGCCUCGAUUGUUCAGUAAAGCGAGUUUGGUGCCCGGCCCAGCAGGCGAACCCGAUCACGCUUGUCUCCCUGGACGCCAACAUGACGAUGCGGCGGUGGCUUGUGUUUCUCCUGGCGGCGGCCAUGCACCCAACUUACGCCAACAGUUCCGAUCAUCAGGAAGCAACGCUCUGCUCCAGCCUGAAGGGCACGUGCGUCGGGGAAGGAGACAAAUGCUCCGUGAAGCUGGAGGGCACCAAGGACUGUGGGAAGGGCUGGUGCUGCCUCGACCAAGUGGGGACGGAUGGAACAUUCGGUGCUAAGCCGGCUUGUGUCGAAAAGGUAAAAUGCUGGAAGAAGGGAGGAACGUGCAAGGACGCGUGUUCUUCGGACGAAGAGGUGAUUGUGAAUGGUUGUAAAGGAAAAGACUGCUACUGCUGCGCGCCAGCCAAAGAAUGUAGAGCCAAGGAUGAAUGCAUCGAUGCCCACGGCGAAUGCAGAAAGAAAUGUUCCGCGGGAGAAGAGGAGCUGCACGGCGCCUGCAAGGGCUCCGGCUGCAAGUGCUGCGUCGAGGCUGAACACGCUGUUGCCGCCGAGGGCUGCGACAUUCAAGCCACGUGCCAGCACGGGCGAGGGCAGUGCCGGGAGUGGUGCCUGCACGGGGAGGUGCAGGCCGACGAGAAGUGUGGCCCCAACUGCGUCUGUUGCCUGCCCUUGUCCGAAGAGGAAGAAGUGAAAGACAAACAGUCAUGA